GAAUAACGAGUUUGUCAAUGGCCGAUCAGAUGAUGAGGGACAUUGUAAUAGAGACGGCCAAGCUUGAAUUGGGCUAUAUACCGAAGGAUCGCAUGUCAGAACACUUCAGAACACACCGGAAGCCUGAUACUUCUGGGUACCCAGCGCGAGGCCAUCAGCAUCGCAAAAACCCAUGACCGCGGGUACGCGGAAGAGAUAGAAACGGAGAGGGCCAUCCUGCCAUGACUGUCUUGUGACGGUCACAUUAGACUUCGCACAGCUUUGCAUGUCCCCGCGCCACCAUCGCCCGGAUGAAUUCAGAGUCACCCUGGUUCCUCCCACGCCAUGCAGUCAUACUGAAACCCUAGUCAUCUUGUGAUCCUCUCAUGCUCGAUCGUUCUCACUCUAGUGCGGGAGAUGAGACGCCGCUGGCGGGUGGAGACGGUCCAGGAAUGGACUUUGGCGUCGGCCGAGUGUGAGCCGUCGGAUAUCGCCUCCGGAAGUCCGCACGGUGACACGACCCUCCCAUUGUCCCUCCCCAGCCACCGCCUCCCCGCCGUCCGAAUGACACUGGUGACUGGUACCCAUCGUGCAGGCCAUCUGUCCGACGUCAAGCCCUGUACUCGCCUUUAUCACGCACUGAUCUUGAUGCGAGCCAGCCCCGUGGGAUUGGACCAGGGCUGACGUAUACUAUAGAUAGAAGUGCGCUGUCUCGGUCCCCUCCCCACCUCCCUCCUUCUUCUCCCCGGUGCGCUUCAUGUUCCAUGAGCGCGGGCGUCGUUGCACUCCCGACGAACGCUUUGCGUGACUUUGAAAAUGUGCGCAUCUCCGAGUAUGUCAGUGCGGCGGGAUUUGUGAUCCUCCUAUUCGACCACAUCCUCACCUUCGAUGAUGAGGUGGAGUACAUCUGGAGCGCCCCGCGGACGCUCGCGCGCACGUUCUUCCUCAUCCAGCGCUACAUGGUUCCCACGUUCCUAUUCGGGCAGAUUCUGACUCAUAAUGGCAUGAUGACCAUCACCAUGUCCUCCAUUGCGUAAGCCCUUCCUUGACACUUCGUUUCAUGUUCGUCCUCCCGACACCCGCAUGUGCUGUAGAUGCAAAGCGUGGAUGUCAAUCGCGCUGUACGCCGGCUGGCUGUCCAUCUUUAUAUCCAACUUCCUCGUUCUCAUGCGUUUGUGGACGCUCCUCCCGCGAAACCACCGCCUCAUCCCCUGGACCCUUGUCUUUCUGUUUGCGACCCAGCUGAUCAGCUUCGGGACGACGACGUGGGCUCUGGUCUUGAUGUUGCGUGUCAUGUUCUGGGACUCAAAACUCGAGUUGUGCUCGCUGUAUAGUAAACCGCAGGUGGUCGAGCUGUGGGUUGUCGGUCUGGCCUUCGAGGUCCUUGUCUUUCUGGUCGUGUGCUGGAACGCGCUGUCGCGGCCACGCUCACUUCAAAGCCCGGAAGAAGAUCCGGCAAUGCGCAGGCUUUUGUUUAGAGACGGUUUCUUGUACUUUUCUAUAUUGUUCGUGCUCCGCAUAGCCAACACAAUCAUCUCGUCCGUCGCACCGAUAUCGCUCCUCUUCGUCGCUGUCUUCUUCAUCUGGGCGGGCACGUCCGUCACGACCUCGCGGCUCAUCAUCAACGCCCGCCGCGCAGCCGGCUCUAACGCGCGCCAGCGCACCGAUGAGCUCCAGCGUCUGCCGACGCGCGAGUCCGCUGUCGUCACGCUAUACAAAGACUCGGGGUGACCGGUUGGCUGGUUGUAAGCCUUGCGCUGACGCAUGUAGGGUAGUGUAUUGUAACGAUCGUUUUUUGUCCCAUUUUGUACUGUAGUGCACACACCCCGAUAUCCUAUACGACACAGCUCAUGAGACCUACUCGCUCUGCAGGAUUAUUCUAUUUGGCUCUGGUAAUUAAUGGAUGUUCUCGCGCGAGUCGGAAAUUUCAGGUCUCAGCCCACGUGUCGAGAUCAUCUGUACGCACAGUCUGGGUUCUUC